CCUGACCAGCUGUAUUCAAAUGUGCCAAAUGAAACCAAAAUGCAUAAACUUCUACAUAUUAACUCUCAGUCUAUUACAAGGGAAAUGACAUGUAUCCGGUUUGGCAUCACCCCCAGCUGCUUAAGAUAAACAAGUUGACAAACGUACUUUACGUGAGCCUGUGGAAACUGGCUGAAGAAGGGACGAGAGUGCGGUUAAAGUGCUGGUUAAUUGCCGCGCAGCUGGGGGAAGGGAACCGGUUUGAUAAAUCGGACUGGGGGGGUUGAACCAGGGACGGCGCUUUCCAGUAAAGGGGGGCAUCGCUGACUGCACUGUGGGCUCUUCCUGUUAAUCCCAGAUCGGACCAUAUAAACAGGUAUAACGCGGAGAGGACGUUCAAUCAAUCCACGCCGCAAACCUUGGAUUAGGAUAAUACACUCUACUCCAUCAAAAAUGAAGGCAGAUAUCAUCUGGAUUUACAAACUUUUCUUGUGUGUUGUGCUUGCUGUGAAUUCAGAAACCAUUCCGACCACGGAGAGUCUCACAGACAUCACAGUGAGCUGCAGAGUACAGACGCAACGAAUUGUCUCUGAUGUGGGCGCCAACUCCUAUCGUGCUUGUCACACACAUUUGGUCAUUCCCACUUUAUGCUUAGUAGUGUUUCUCUCCACACUUUCCCACAGCUUCCAGCCGGCGAGACUAGGCAAGAAGGACCUGAACGGGAACUUCUGCCGUAACCCCAAGAACGAGAGCAGUGGGCCCUGGUGUUUCACUACAGACCCAGAGGUCAGGCACCAAGAGUGUGGCCUGCCUCAGUGCUCCCAAGUGGAGUGUAUGAGGUGUAACGGGGAAGACUACAAAGGGCCGAUGGAUCACACAGAGAAUGGGAAGGAGUGUCAGAGAUGGGAUUCAUCCAAGCCCCACAGACACCCCUACCAACCUAAAAAGUACCCUGAUAAAGGGCUGAAUGACAACUACUGUCGGAAUCCGGACAACCGUUUGCGUCCGUGGUGUUACACCAUGGACCCACAAACACCCUGGGAGUACUGCAACAUCAGUGUGUGUGACCCAGGUAAUGACUCGGAUGUGGAUGCUACAUCGUCGUGUUUCAGGGAGCAGGGACAGAGUUACCACGGUACUGUGAGCGUCACCCCAUCGGGCAUCACAUGUCAACGCUGGGACUCCCAGUUCCCCCAUAACCACACCUACAGCCCGCAGAACUACAAGUGCAAAGACCUGAGAGAGAACUACUGUCGGAACCCAGAUGGUGCAGAGAUCCCAUGGUGCUUCACUACAGAUCCUAACCAGAGACUAGCCUUCUGCACCCAUAUACCCCGGUGUGAGACAGAGAACAUCGACACAGAAGAUUGUUAUGAGGACAAUGGUGGGAAUUACACAGGCAAUUUAUCCAAGACCAGAUCAGGAAUUCCCUGCGGACUCUGGGCAAAUCAUAGCAACAGUGGAGAACCCAGUGUGGGUCUGGAGAGGAACCUGUGCAGGAAUCCAGACCAGGAUAAGCACGGUCCCUGGUGUCACACUACAGACCCCUCUAUCCAGUGGGACUGUGAUAAGUCUCCGAACAUCUCUGCCCACCCAAGAAGCAUCUCUCUCGUGUCUAAGAUAUCCUGCUUCAUCCACAAGACCACCCGGAUUGUUGGAGGGGCCCAGGUCCACAAGUCUAAGGAUGGUAGCUGGGUUGUCAGCAUCCAGAAAGGGAACACUCACUGGUGCGGGGGCUCGUUGAUCCGAGAGGAAUGGGUGCUGACGGAUCAACAGUGCUUCUCCUCCUGUGUUCCAGACCUGAGUGAGUACAGUGUACAGGUGGGCCUCCUUCACCUCAACUCGUCCUUGGACCACCCCCGGCUCCGCAUCGCACACGUGGUCUGUGGCCCGGAGGGAUCCAACCUGGCGCUGCUCAAACUGGCCAAGCCUGCCCCUCUCUCUGAGCAUGCCUUCACCAUCCAGCUCCCAGUAGCAGGCUGUGGGGUCACAGACGGAACCAACUGUCUCAUGUACGGCUGGGGAGAGACCAAAGGGACAGGAUAUGAGGGGGCACUGAAAGCUGUGAGUCUGCCCAUGGUCAGUAACGACUGGUGUUCUCAGCUCCACAACAAAACCCUGCCUGUCACCGACAGCAAAGUGUGUGCCGGGGGCAGGAAAGACCAGGGAGUGUGUGAGAGAGACUACGGUGGCCCAUUGGUGUGUCAGGAGCGAGAGAGCAAAGUCAUCGUGGGCGUGAGCAUCCACGGCCGGGGCUGUGCCCUGGCCCGGCGGCCCGCCAUCUUCGUCAAUGUGGCCUACUAUUCGGGGUGGAUCCACAAAGUCUUCAUACACUACUCCAGGUUGGAGGAAAAACUACUGGAAGAAGCACAGACCAAACCGCUCCAUUCAGGACUGUACCACUAGCCUGCAAGAGGAUGGGUGGAGCAUUCAGGACUGUACCACUAGCCUGCAAGAGGAGGGGUGGAGCAUUCAGGACUGUACCACUAGCCUGCAAGGGAGGGGUGGAACAUUCAGGACUGACCACAGCACUGUAAGAGGAGGGGUGGAAUAUGUAGGACUGUACCACAAGCCUGGAGGAUGGAGAAUGAUCUCUCCAACAGAGGAUGCCUAACUAACAAGACGGUUGGGAGAGUGACUUUAUGGGAAGUAGCCAUGUUAGGGCUUCGUGGCUGGAUGUCGCCUCAGUUUUGGGAGGGGAAAAACACCAUGAAUGGAAGAGAUAUUUUGGGAUGUUCAGAGGCUGGGAAUACAAUGACAUGUUCAGAGAGGCUGAAAAGGAUAUGAAGGAUUCUUAUAAUAUGCAAAUUGAUUAAUGCAGGACCAGGUUGUUAAGCCUUGAUCACACUGAUAGCGUCAAUACGCAAAGUAGUACCUAGCAUCAUUUGGAUUGUGUGCAAGAAAAGUUCAACAUUCACCUUCUGCUACCAUUUCUGUCAAGCUGUCUAUGCGUACGAUGUGAUGCAUACCUUGAUAAAUCCAAGGUAUGCACCACACAGAACACACUGCAACUGCCUCUGCAACGCAAUGCUGCAAGGCAAACGCAGCGUUCCAUUGGAAAUGAAUGUAUUUCUGGUGUACCAAAAUGUAUUGACGCUGUCUUUGUGAUUGAGGCAUUAGCUUUAAUAACAUUUCUAAACAAUAGUUUCUAGGACAUGGAAAGCUUAUUUUUUGGGGUGAAAUAUAUGAAAACUCUUAAGCCAUAAAGAGGGGUGAAUUGAUUUGUUCUCUCACUCCGCCCACAAGACAAUAGGAAUGGUAUGGAUGACUCAGUAUUGUCUCCUGGAAAAUACUUGAAUUUGAUCAGAACCAAAACCAGAGCCAUGCGAGGAGAGAUCCAGACAGGACUUGGUACGGUCCGUGGCUACUGGGUCACGUUGAGGGCACAUGAUGUAAUGGCUAGAAGUUCAGUCAUUCAGAAGAUACCACUUGGUGAAUGGUGAGAGUUAAAACCUGUCUAGAAACGACCCUAGCUCAUAGCCGUAAGCUCAUAGCCCUACUCCCUAGGUGCUGGUGUAGAGCAGUGUAUACCAACUCCAGUCCUCCAGUGCCCCCAACACCCCAACUCCAGUCCUCCAGUGCCCCCAACAGCACACAUUUCUGUUGUGGCCCCGGACAAGCACACCUGAUUCAAUUUUUCAGCUAAUCGUCAAGCCCACCUCGAGUUGAAUCAGGAUUGUCCAGGGUUACAACAAAAAUGUGUGCUGUUGGGGAUACUUGAGGACUGGAGUUGGUAUACACUGCUCUACACCAGUACCUGGGGAGUAGGGCUAUUAGCUUGCGGCUAUGAGCAAAAGGUUCUUUCUAGACAGGUCCUAACUCUCACCAUUCACCAAGUGGUUGUUUUUGGAAAGACUGUUCAGUAACUAUUACCUAACUAAUGCUAAUGCUAACAGUUACUUAGCCAAAUGUUAGCAGUUAGCCUACAUGGCUAACAUGUCUCCAGUUUUUGAGGGAACUCUACACUAGCCCCUGGUGGGCUGUGUGUGCGUUAUGUGGUCAGAGUACACAUUUAGAUGUUUCUUAUUGAGUGUAUUUCUGGCACUCUGUGUUAUUUAAUAGGUCUUAUAGAUCUGGGCCUUUCCUUGGCUCACUCACACCAGACGUCAGUGGAGAUGCUUCCUCUCUGCACUGUGUUUUCUAUUUAAACGGAUUAGAACGUAGUGUGCAGUCUAUUUAUUUAUUUGUAUACAUCUGGCCCUCGUGAGAGGGCGCCAGCGAUUGACGUCGACAAAGCGACACGUCUCGCUAAUAGAAGAGGUGAAGAUUAUGGCGGCUUUUUAUUUGAUACAUGUUCUAAACUCAGUGUGUCAAUCAUUAUUAUUGGAGGUACACUGAAUGGCCAUACGGAUUACAUGAAACGUAUGGGUUGUGUUCCAAAACAUACCACAUGAAACGUAUGGGUUGUGUUCCAAAACAUACCACAUGAAACGUAUGGGUUGUGUUCCAAAACAUACCACAUGAAACGUAUGGGUUGUGUUCCAAAACAUACCACUUUGUCAGUCAUUUGUCUUUUAACAAUACUGACAUGCGGUAAGUGUAAUGACAUAGGGGAAUGUAAUAAUAGCUUUCUUUCAGUGCUGAAAACCAGUCAUGACAUCAUUUUUAUAAUCACAGAAAGCAGAUGUGUCUGUAUGAAUAAUGAUCUCUUCAAACUGGGCCCCUAAAGAAGACUUAGAAUUUCACCCAAUUUCUAUAUCCUAAAAUAUUCAGUGUGUUAGUUUAACCUAUGUCACAGUAUUUGACCUGUUCAGUGCCUUUUUUAGGUGGACAGGAAUCAAUAGUGUACAAUAGAAUUGGUGCAGAGAUCUGUGAGAGUAUUUUACUGUUAUGUAAAUAGGAUGUAAAGUAGUGUGUGUAAAAAAAACUAUUUUCCACUUCCAAUGUCUUAUUUACAUCGUUUUUUUACUAUAUAUGGUCACUCUGUUCAUAAACUUGUAUACUGUAAACUCUAUAACAGCUGCUAUUUUUAAAGGGUCGGGUUGGGUCUUAAUAUAAUAUACUAUAAGAUUUUGUUAUAUUCACGUUUUAAUAUUACAUUUACAGUGUAAAUUACAGCUUGUUUCACUCUUUUCGUCUGUCUGUCUGUCUGUCUGUCUGUCUGUCUGUCUGUCUGUCUGUCUGUCUGUCUGUCUGUCUGUCUCCUAAAGUAAACCUUCAGACAAAGAUUCUUGCAGCAAUACAGUUUUCUGCAACGCAUACCCUCUGAACACAAUUCAAGAUAUUCUGGGUCAAGUUCUUACUCUGGGUAUUAUUUUCCCACUUUCCAUGUCAAUCAUAUCAAUAAGACCUCAGUCUAUGGGUUUUGGAUGGCCACCGUCCACCAUGACCCAGUUCCUGACCAGAGGAUGAGCGGCAACGUUCGGUUAACGCUUACAUAACGUUUGGGCAGCGCUAGAGAUGUUCAGUUCACGCUUAGACAGCAAUUGGGCAACACUAGACACCGUGGCAUGCUUCCUCCGUCAUGUGGGGUUCUCAUUUGAUACAUGACCCCUCGGUGCUGAGGAGAAAAUGGCCGACCUGUCAGCGCUGACCUCAGCCUCAUCAGCGGUGGCUUGUCACGAACCAACCCCAAGGCUUUGUGCCUCAUCUUAACGGGACGUGAAAUAGCUUUUUUCCCCGCUUUUGCCGGACUAACAGCCCAACAGUCAAUAGGUCACGUCUGGUGCUUCUGGGAAAUAAAUCCAUUUAAAAGAUUUGUCUGUUGGGUAAAUUCAGUGGUGUGAAGUACAUGAAAUUACUACUUAAAUCGUUUUUGGGGGUAUCUUUACUUUAUUUUUUUGACAACUUUUACUUCACUACAUUCUAAAGAAAAUAAUAUACGUUUUACGCCAUACAUUUUCAGAUUACGGUAUGAAUGACACCCAAAAGUACUUGUUACAUUUUGAAUGCUUAGCAGGACAGGAAAAUGGUCUAAUUCAUGUCCUUUUCUAGAGCACAUCCCUGGUCAUCCCUGCUGCCUCUGAUCUGGAGGACUAAACUCACAUGCUUCGUUCUUAAAUGAUGUUGGAGUGUGCCACUGGCUAUCCGUAAAUAAAUAAAAAUACAAGAAAA